GGGAGCGCUACGGGCAGGUGCGGAGGAUGAUGUGCGAGCUGAUGGAGAGACGCUCCCAGCUGCUCUCCGGGACGCUCCCCAAGGACGAGCUCCUGGAGCUGAAGAAGGAGGUGACCAGCAAGAUCGACUACGGGAACAAGAUCCUGGAGCUAGACCUGGUUGUACGGGACGAGAACGGGAACAUCCUGGACCCGGACAGAACCAGCAUCAUCAGCCUCUUCCAGGCUCACAGGCAGGCCACACGCCUGAUCAGUGAGCGCAUCCAGGAGGAGAUGUGCUCCCGGCACAGCGAGCUGGGCUGUGGUGCCCACCUGGCCUCGCCUUCCCACAACCUCUACCUCUGCGUCCGCAACUUCGUGUGCAACAUCGGCGAGGAGGCCCAGCUCUUCACGGCGCUCUACGACCCCGGCCAGCAGAAGAUGAUCAG